UUUUUAAGAAUUGAGAUUAGGAAUUACAGAGAAAGAGAAAGAGAGUCUGAAAAUGCAGGCAGCAAAGAAUGCAGCAGCGUCCGCCAAGGAGACGGUGGCCAAUGUUGCCGCCUCUGCCAAGGCUGGCUUGGACAAGACCAAGGCCACCAUGCAAGAAAAGGUGGAGAGGGUGAGUGCACAUGACCCAAUGCAAAAGGACAUGGCCAUGCAGAGAAAAGAAGACAAAAUCAAUCAAGCUGAGUCCAACAAGCAGGAGGCGCACGAGCACAAUGCCACCGCGCGACAAUCAGCUGCAGCCACUACCAGAGUCGGUGGUGGGACCCAAAGUUACACCACUGGUGGGGGAAUGGGGAUGGAAAAUUACUCUACUAGUGGUCCAAACAUGUCUGCUGGAUAUGGAUAUGGUACCAGUCAUCAUGGCACCAACAACAUGACUGAGGGGGGCAUGGUCGGGUCACAGUACCCUCUUGGGGCUGACAUUGGUGCUGCUACUGAGAACCCAGUUGGGGGGGGCUAACACUACUGCAAUUGGUUUGAACGCUAGAAGCACUGAUGAUGUAUACCCUUUAGAUGUUGACAUUAUUGGGGCUAGCUUGAACCCGAUGCAUAACACCAAUGCUGGGGUUGGUGACCGUGGUGGUGCCCCAACCUCUGGUUAUGGCACUGGCGGUGCAUAUAAUUAGAUGAUUCACAUGGUUUUGUCCAUAGCCCCACUCUACGUGCAUGAUCUUGUGUGUUUAAUGGUUUGUGUUUCUGUUUUUGAAGCCUUAAGAGUUUGAUGAUUUUGUGCUUAGUUGGCUGAAUAAAUGUACAAGGAUAUGAU